UGUUUUCCCCACCCAUAAAGUUCUGGGUAUACGCCCAGUGAUUUGAUGGGAAAAAAAGCAACUUGGGAAGACUGGAAUUCGCAGAAGAGGCUUUUUUAUAGGCAUUGUACUGGCUUACGUUAGAAGAAGCAAGAAACAGCAGAAGAAAAGUUUCCUUACAAAACUAGAGUUACAAAGAUGGAGGGUGCCAUUAAAACAGUUGUUAUGCAGUUCCUGUCUUCAGCACGGGGAAAAGAGAGCCUGGGUGGGAAGAACUUCCAGAAGUUAGUCCAGAGUCAGCUGGGAAACAUCCUGAGCGACACUGACAGUUCUUCAGCAGUGAAGGACAUGAUGAAAGGUCUGGAUGACAACCAGGACGGGAAGGUCAGCUUCCAGGAGUACCUGACGCUGGUGGGCUACCUGGCCAACUCACUGAGUGAGCAGAAAACACAGAGCGCCGCAGCCAGUGGACAAUAAGAAGCAUGGGUUGAUGACACUGACAGUCAUUUGUAACGCUGGAGUCUUGCACCAGUAAAUAAAGAGAGGCUGGGGAUAGUUGUCACAUUAUUUUUUUACUUAUUAAACUGUUUUUAAGAUGGCUUGCUUUUAAAAAAAUAUCAAACCAUUGACCAAAGCACACUAUAUUAAUAAAUUGUGUAAAAAUGACUGUAGAUUAACAUACAUAACAAAACACAACUUUUUAGCCCUUGUUGUAACAACUAUCCCUGCUCUCCAAUGCAAUAUAAAACCUGCAAUGAUCUGAAAACACUUUUAAAGUCUCAGAUAUUACAAUGAAAUUACAAUUCUGUUUACAUGUACUAGCAUUUAAGAAAACAAUGUCUGAGCUGUGGCCAUGUACAAGUGCUAAAUCAAAUAACUUUUUGUUGCAUAAAGUUUUUUUUCUGCUUCCCAUGUAAACAGGUUUUCAUUUCAAGGCUCCUGUGUUUUCAUGUAUGAUUUCUUUGCUUUACUGGAAACAAAAUAUGCUUGAUUAGUACUUAAAACAAGGCAUAACUGAUGAAUGCAAGCCAUCAAAUAUACUAAAAAUACAGUCAGUGUUAUUAAUAUUUUACACAUCAGAUCUGUUUAAAAAAGCGAAAUUGUACACUACGGGAAAAAUGUUUUUUUUAUAACCUUUCAAAUAAAACACGGAAAUAAUGACAAA